AUGCCAAGUGUUAAGCCCUCACGCUACUUAAUCAGAGCGGGUAAUGUUUCCUUCCUGUUACCCUACUUCAUCCAUGACGUCUUCAUGUACCCUGGUCUGGCUGCUGGAUCCGGAUACCAUAUCGAUACCGAAUAUAACUCAAGACCAACCAGCCGCCAGGUCAAUCCGACAUCCACAAUGGGCUCCAAAGCCUCAAAAAUAACGAAAGCAGCAGCACCAGCUGGCGCUCGAAAAUACCCCACCCGUAUCCCUGACCUCCCCUCGUCACAGACCACUUCUUCGACGGGUCCGUCUUCAAUCUCAGUCGGCAAAGGACCCUCAGUACACCCAGAGACAUACGCUAGUUCCACCAAAGACGAUGCGAUUCGACAGGAUGCUCAGGACCCCGACUUUGCAAACAUGCUACGGGCUGUAGGAUCAGUGCAGCAGCAGCAGACGAUCCCAGACCCAGCGAGAAACGUGGCUUUGAACUCGAAGAGCUCGAAUGAUCUCCGGACACUGUCGCGCCGAUCGAUGUUCGAUAGUCGGCAGGCGAGCGAGACAGAGACAACAAAUGCAGGUGGAAACCGUACGAUGGCAGACACGAGUACGAUAUUACAGAUACUGUCGCUGAGGGAUGAGAAAGGUUGGAGUCCCGAAAGGAUUGAGAAGGAGUUUAAGCUAGCGCCAGGAUUCCUGAAAAGGUUGGGAACGAAAGUUGCGAAGCCGUAG